CCUCCAGGGACCAGAGCAUUAUUUACUGAUCAUCUGCAGACCGAGAAGAAUCCUCUGAAACCAACAGCCACGAUGAAGAUGAUACAGGGAACCGAGGAGACAACAACAGACAGAAAGUUCCUCAAAUCCCAGAUGGAGAAACGUCGAAGGGAGCGAAUGAACUGCAGUCUGGAGCAUCUGAGGACCAUGUUGCUGCAGGAGCCCCCACAACUGACUGCGGCUCAGCAAAAACUGGAGAAAGCUGAGAUCCUCGAGCACACGGUCCUCCUUCUCCGGAGCAGCGCCACAGGACACAUAAUGGGAGCGGGAGAAGGAGGUGGCGGUGGUGGAGGAGGAGGUCAGAGACACUCCUUCCAAGACGGCUUCUCCUCCUGCCUGCAGAGAGCGGCUCAGUUCCUGGGGCCUCAGGGGAAAGGCCUGCGGCUCGGAGCGUCGCUGGACGCCCGUUUUGCCCCUCGCUUCGCCUCUUCAGACUCUGACCCCACUGGCGUCCAGCUGAGAACCGAGGCCCGGUCAUGCUCCAGCUCUCUCACUCAGACCAAGUCCCUUCUUCGGACGCUCAGGCAGAAGUCAAAGCUCAGGCUGCAAACAGAGACCUUUACUAAGAACAGUUCGGUUCAUCCAUACCAACGUCCAGAGCAGCUUGGGUCUCCCAGGGUUCCUCAAGAUUCUCAGACACAAAGUCAACUUGAGGUCAGAGAGUCGAGUCGAGGAAGCAAACAGAGCCUGAGCCUCCCAGUCAGCCAGACCGUGUGGAGGCCCUGGCCCUGA